GAAACAGAGGACCAGUGUUGGACCCAGUAAGACUCUGGUUCAGCCCAGGAGGAACAUCGUGGGCUGCAGGAUCCAGCACAUCUGGAAGGAAGGCAGUAAGUCGUCUCAGUGGAAGGGGACGGUUCUGGACCAGGUCCCUGUCAACCCGUCCCUGUACCUGAUCAAAUAUGACGGUUUCGACUGCGUCUACGGCCUGGAGCUGUACUCUGAUGAGAGGGUGGUGGGUCUGGAGGUUCUACCCGACAGAGUGG